AUGCGGUGUCCUUCUCUUGCGCGGUUGCCUCACCGCGCCAUCUCUGGCUUGACCAGAUUGCCCGUGCGUCUGCAGUCUCAGACUUUCUUGUAUCAGCGAUGCGCGUCGACGGCCGCUCUCCGUUCACCCACGGCCGGCCCGGCUUAUCAGUCGAUUCUGAACAGACAUAACCUGCAACGGCGAAAUGCUUCUGCUGCUGCUGCUGCUGUUCUCGAAGCCGCCGCGUCGAAUCCCGAUGCCCUGACCCAGGAGGCGAUCAUUGAUAACCUUGAUCCUGUUGAGGCAACAAGGCUGUCCAGAAUCCGAAACAUUGGUAUUGCUGCCCACAUCGAUAGCGGCAAAACAACCUGUACCGAGCGAAUCCUGUUCUAUACCGGCCGUAUCAAGGCUAUCCACGAAGUCCGCGGUCGCGACAAUGUUGGUGCGAAGAUGGACUCCAUGGACCUGGAGCGCGAGAAGGGUAUCACUAUUCAGUCUGCCGCUACGUUCUGUGAUUGGGUGAAAAAAGAAGAUGAUGGCAGGGAGGAGAAAUAUCACAUCAACUUGAUUGAUACCCCGGGGCACAUUGACUUCACAAUCGAGGUAGAAAGAGCGCUGCGCGUUCUUGAUGGAGCCGUCAUGAUUCUCUGCGCUGUUUCCGGUGUCCAGUCUCAAACCAUCACCGUCGACCGCCAGAUGAGACGUUACAACGUUCCUCGUAUUUCCUUCAUCAACAAGAUGGACCGCAUGGGUGCCAAUCCGUUCAAGGCCGUCGACCAGAUCAACUCUAAGCUCAAGAUCCCCGCUGCUGCAGUUCAAGUGCCGAUCGGCGCCGAGGACGAGUUCGAGGGUGUGGUUGACCUGAUCAGAAUGAAGUCGAUCUACAACCAUGGACCUAGCGGUGAAGAGAUUGUCAUCAAAGAUGAGAUCCCCGAGAAGGUCAAGUCAGUGGUGGAGGAGAGAAGAAGGAUGCUGAUUGAGACACUUGCCGAUGUCGACGACGAGAUCGCGGAGCUCUUCCUGGACGAGAAGGAGCCCACACAGGAGCAGCUCAAGGCCGCUAUCCGACGGGCAACAGUCGGCUUGAAGUUCACUCCAGUCUUCAUGGGAACCGCCCUGUCGAAUAAAUCUGUGCAACCCAUGCUUGAUGGUGUCAUUGACUACCUUCCCAACCCAUCUGAGAUCGAGAAUCUUGCCCUUGACCAGAAGCGCAAUGAGGCCUCCGUGAAGCUCGUCCCUUACAACAGCCAGCCUUUUGUUGGUCUUGCUUUCAAGUUGGAAGAAAGCAACUUUGGCCAGUUGACCUAUAUCCGUGUGUAUCAGGGUACGCUCCGUAAAGGUGCCAACGUCUUCAAUGCCCGCAACAACAAGAAGGUCAAGAUUCCCCGCAUUGUCCGCAUGCACUCCAACGAGAUGGAGGAGGUUUCAGAAAUCGGAGCUGGUGAGAUCUGCGCUGUCUUCGGUGUCGACUGCGCUUCUGGCGACAGUUUCACCGAUGGACAGCUUGGCUACACCAUGACCUCCAUGUUUGUUCCUGAGCCCGUUAUCUCGCUUUCUAUCAAGCCCAAGAACAACAAGGAUUCCGCCAACUUCUCCAAGGCUAUGGCUCGUUUCCAGAGAGAAGAUCCCACCUUCCGUGUGACAUACGAUGCCGAGAGUGAGCAGACUUUGAUCUCUGGAAUGGGUGAGCUGCAUCUUGACAUCUAUAUCGAACGUAUGCGCCGUGAAUACCGCGUUGAUUGUGAGACUGGUCCUCCCCAGGUCGCAUAUCGCGAGACCAUCGGUAACAAGGUCGAAUUCGACCAUCUGCUCAAGAAGCAGUCGGGUGGUCCUGGUGACUACGCCCGUGUUGUUGGUUGGAUGGAACCCACCGACAAGCUCGAGGAGAACAAGUUCGAAGAGCAGAUCGUCGGUGGAAGUAUCUCUGAGAAGUUCCUGUUUGCUUGUGAGAAGGGUUUCAACCUUGCUUGCGAGAAGGGCCCUCUUAUCGGCCACAAGGUCCUUGGUACCAGAAUGGUCAUCAACGAUGGUGCUACCCACAUGACGGAUUCGUCCGAAAUGUCCUUCAAGAACGCCACCCAGCAGGCUUUCCGCAAGGCCUUCAUGGAGAGCAACCCUUCUGUCCUUGAGCCUAUGAUGAAGACUGUUGUCACCGCUCCCUCCGAGUUCCAGGGUGAUGUUAUCUCCCUCCUCAACAAGCGUAACGCUACUAUCAACGAUACCGAGACCGGUGUCGACGAGUUCACCGUCUAUGCCGACUGCAGUCUUAACGGAAUGUUUGGGUUCAGUUCGCACCUGCGUGCUGCCACCCAAGGCAAGGGUGAAUAUACCAUGGAAUUCAGCCACUAUGAGAAGGCGCAGCCUCAGUUGCAGAAGGAACUCAUUCAGAAGUACCUGAAGGCGCAAGCCGACAGACACAAGAAAUAG